UGGUCAACAAUGUCACCUCAACAUUAUGUUUUUAAUAGAACAACACUGUGAAGUGUUUCACAUAUUAAGAUUCUGCAAUGACAGGCUAUGGUGUGCUGCUGGUAUUUUUUGCUAUUACUUUUAUCAGUCCAAGCAUUAGUGUUAAUGGUGGCAUAUUGAGAAAGUUCCAAGCUCAAGAAAUUACUGUACAAGACAUUCAGAUUGCUUUUAAGCAAAAGAAGCUCACCUCAAGGAAGCUUGUUGAGUUCUAUAUUAGUGAGAUUCAGAGACUCAAUCCGGUCCUCAAGAGUGUUUUGGAGAUAAACCCUGAUGCACUUUAUCAGGCUGAUAAGGCAGAUCAAGAACGGAAGUCCAAGGCACCUCUGUCAUUGUCCAACAUUCAUGGUAUUCCUAUUUUGCUCAAGGAUAAUAUUGCAACAAAGGAUAAGCUUAACACUACUGCAGGGUCAUAUGCUCUUCUUGGGUCAGUUGUGCCACGCGAUGCAGGUGUGGUGGAGAAGUUAAGAAAAGCAGGCGCAAUUAUUCUUGGAAAGGCUAGUUUGAGCGAGUGGUCUCAUUAUAGAGCAGAUUUCAUUCCUAAUGGUUGGUGUGCUAGAGGUGGCCAAGCUGUGAACCCGUAUGUAGCAUCUGCAGACCCGUGUGGAUCAAGCAGUGGAUCAGCAAUAUCAGUAGCUGCAAAUAUGGCUGCAGUGUCACUUGGUACAGAGACUGAUGGAUCCAUAUUAUGUCCUUCCAGUUACAACUCUGUUGUUGGUAUUAAACCUACAUUAGGCUUAACAAGCCGGGCAGGGGUUGUUCCAAUCACACCAAGGCAGGACAGUGUCGGUCCUAUUUGCAGGACAGUAUCAGAUGCUGUCUAUGUACUUGAUGCCAUUGUUGGUUUUGACCGCAAUGAUGCAGCAACAAGAAGAUCUUCCAAGUUCAUACCAAGUGGAGGCUAUCCACAAUUUCUCAGGACUGAUGGGCUCAGAGGGAAGAGAUUGCUGAUAACGCAUUAUCCUGGAUUUGGUUUUUCAAAUGACUCUGCAGUAGUCAAUGCUUUUGAACCACAUUUACGCAAGCUAAGGGAUAAAGGUGCAGUUUUGGUCGAUAAGCUGCUGGAAAUACCCAAUGUCAGUGAUUACUUUGGCUCAAGCGGUGAAGACACAGCAAUGUCAGUCGAAUUUAAAUCAGCUAUAAAUACGUACCUGAAGAAACUCGUGGUCUCCCAUGUUCGUACCUUGGAGGAUUUAAUAAAAUUCAAUCACAAAUUCUCUGGUUUGGAAAUGUUAAAAGAAUUUGGACAGUCAUUGUUUCUUGCUUCAGAAGCAACAAAUGGUACUGAUGCUGCAUAUAGAAAAGCUAUAACGAAUAUGAAGAAACUUAACAAAGGAUAUGAAAAGAUGAUGCGGGACAAUAAGCUUGAUGCAUUUGUGACUCCUAGCCCGAAUUGUUCUCCUGUUCUUGCUAUCGGAGGAUAUCCAGGAAUCAGUGUCCCCGCUGGAUAUGAUAGUAACGGAGUGCCUCUUGGAAUCUGUUUUGGUGGAUUGAAGGGAUCCGAACCCAAACUGAUCGAAAUUGCAUAUGGAUUUGAGCAAGCAACUAAGUUCAGAAGGCCACCAGCAUUUAAACCAUAACUCCUCUUCUUUCUUUUAGAGAAAUGAAACUUGAAUCUUCAUGAUAUGCUUUUCAAUCUAGAAAGCUGAAUUCCACUCCUUAUGACCACUGUACUAAAAUAACAUGUGACACACCAAACAAGUGACAACUAAUAAAAAGAUGCCUGACUUUAACAGGUCUCCCUCAUCAA